CACAGCUCAAACCUCUUCCUAUAGUGAGAAAAAGCGAAGGCAGUGUGUUUCGUUCCUCAACCAAACAAAUAAACUUGGGUUGAAGCGCUAGGGUUUCAGAAGUGCGAUCUGAUCAAGGAAUCCAUGGCCAUGGCUGCUGCUCUGCGUCGCGAAGGGAGGCGUUUGGCCCAUCCCAUCAACGCUCUCAAUUCUUCUCUCAUUUCUCCAGACCUUGCUCCCAAUGGGGCGCGUUCUAUUUCCACUCAAAUAGUGAGAAACCGAAUGAAGAGUGUGAAGAAUAUCCAGAAGAUCACCAAGGCAAUGAAGAUGGUUGCCGCUUCAAAGCUACGUGCUGUUCAAACCAGAGCCGAAAAUUCACGUGGCCUCUGGCAACCAUUCACCGCUCUUCUAGGUGACAAUCCCGGUGCUUCUGUCAAGAAGAGCGUUGUUGUUACUGUUUCUUCUGACAAAGGUCUUUGCGGUGGGAUUAAUUCCACAUCCGUCAAGAUAAGCAGGGCUUUGCACAAGUUGAAUUCUGGGCCUGAUAAGGAGACAAAAUAUGUCAUAUUGGGAGAGAAGGCUAAGGCUCAAUUGGUCCGUGACUCAAAGAAAGACAUUGAGCUCUGCCUAGCUGAAUUGCAGAAAAACCCCCUGAAUUAUACUCAGGUGUCUGUAUUGGCAGAUGACAUUCUAAAGAACGUGGAGUAUGAUGCAUUAAGGAUUGUCUUCAACAAAUUUCAUUCGGUUGUCUCAUUUGUGCCAACAGUGUCAACUGUACUAUCUCCUGAGGUUAUUGAGAGAGAGGCUGAAUCUGGAGGAAAGCUUGGGGAGCUGGAUUCCUAUGAAAUUGAAGGUGGUGAGACAAAAUCAGAAAUUCUUCAGAAUCUGGCCGAGUUUCAGUUUUCAUGUACCAUGUACAAUGCGGUGCUGGAGAAUGCUUGCAGUGAACAAGGAGCAAGGAUGUCUGCCAUGGACAGCUCUAGCAGGAACGCUGGGGAGAUGCUUGAUCGUCUCACCCUCACGUAUAACAGAACUCGUCAAGCAUCAAUCACCACUGAAUUGACUGAGAUUAUCUCUGGAGCUUCAGCACUGGCAGGUUAAUUGCAGGAGAACAAUCCGUGUAUUAUAUUCAACAGUGGCGAUAUCAAGAUUAUAUCGUUGGGUUCUUUGGAAAUUUCUGGUGCUACAUUUUUUUCAAUCUUCGACGUCUGUAAUAAUUGUUCCAUGGUCAAACCCAUUUUGGGGAUUUCCUGGUUGACGCGAUAUUUCUAGCAAUGUGGUUUUGAGGUCGAGACUUGAGAUGGAGUCUGUCUUUUUAACCCGAAAUGACUCUUCUACAAGAUUUUCCAAUUCUAAUAAUAAUUGGGCCUUCUUUC